AUGUGUUAUGUGUUGCUGCAGCGGAGCAGCAGCAAAAGCAGCAGCAGCAGCAGCAGCAGCAGCAGCAGCAGUAGCAGCAGCAGGUCUUCAUCAGAGGAGGCCCCCUUAACUCCCCGCGGUAAGGUACCGCCGACCUCUUCGGGGGCCCCCGGGGCCCCCCCAAACGACUCUCCUACUUACACCAUCUCGACAACAGCAGCAGCAGCAGAACCUCCUGCUGCUGCUGCUGCUGCUGCUGCUGCUGGCAGUCCUCCUGCAUCUCCGGUGGAGUGGCAGCAAAGGGUCUCAGACUCCUGGCGCCAGCUCGUACCCAGUGGACAGGGGCCCCCAGGGCCCCCCCCAGGGGGCCCCCCAGGGGCCCGUCUGUACACUGCAGCAGGAAGGAGACAGACAGACCUGCUCGGGGUAUCUGGGUCCCCCCCCUGGGGGGCCCCCUGGGGGGCCCCCCGGGGGCCCCUCAAGGGGCCCCCUGAGGAGCCCCAGCCCCCCCCUGGGGGGCCCCCUGGGGGGCCCCCCGGGGGCCCCUCAAGGGGCCCCCUGAGGAGCCCCAGGGACUCUCUAGGACUGCCGCCUGUGCCGUUGAGCCCCCGCGACUUCUCUGUGAGCCGCCGCAGUUCACAGCAAGAGGGGCCCCGGCGAGGCAGCCUGGGGGCCCCCCAGGGUGUACAGGGGGAGAGCGGGGGGGCCCCUUGGGGCCCCCAAGUGAAAGCAGAGAAAGAAGGGGAUCUGCUGCAGCAAGCAGCAGCAGCAGGACUCAGAGGGGUCCCGUGCCCGAGCUGCCGCUUCGUUGUGCCGCUGCAGCACAUUGUGCAGUAUGCAGACUGGCAGAUCAAGCAGGCGUUGCCCCUAGCGGGGGCUGUACGUAAGGGGCCCCAGGGGCCCCCGGCUUCUCCACACUGGGGGGCCCCCUCACCGAGGAGCCCCCCGUACCCUACGGGCAAGCCGACUGCAGCAGGAGCAGCAGCAGCAGCAGCAGCAGCAGGAGAAGCAGCAGGAGGAUGGAGUGCUCCUCAAUCGGUUGCUUUUGGGGCUCAGCAAGCUACAGGGGGGCCCCCCGUUCUUGGGGGCCCCCCUGUCUCUGGGGGGCCCCUCUGUGUCAACGGGGGCUGCAUAUGGGGCCGGCGUCUCCUCUCUCUUUUUCUCCUUGGGGGCCCCCGGGGUCCUGCUGCUGGCACUGUGGGGCGGGGGGGCCCCCUCAUGCUACCCUUGGGGGCCCCUCUGCUGCAGCCCCCUUAUCAACAGGUGCUGUCUCCUCCCGCGCGCUGCUGCAGCAGUCUCCCCCUAGCAGCAGCAGCAACGCCAGCAGCAGCAGCAGCAGCAGCAGCAGCAGCAGAGGGAGCAGCACUGAGAGCAGCAGCAGCAGCAGCGGCAGGAGCAGCAGCAGCAGCAAAAGUUAGAGCAACAAACCGGACUAUCAGCAGCAGCAGCAGCAGGAGCAGCCUGUCGAGUGGCUUGCAACAGCAGCAACAACAGCAGCAGCAACAGCAGCAGCAGCAGGAACAGCAUUGCCACCUGUGA